ACCAAUGAAUGCAGGACGUAGAAAGAAGACGGGGAAACUGGUAGUUGCAUUACUGAUAAGUGGACUGAUAUUGGAAGUGUUAUAUUUACAUGUAGACUAUCUAAAGGAUAUAAAAGGGACUUGAGAAAUGGGGACAUUCCACCAGCAUAUGGAUAUGUCACAUGAACCUACACCCUUUGAGAGAACUGCCCCAAAAUUCACAGAGCUGAAUGACUUGGCUGUGGAUACGGUUGGUGGUAAAAUCUGUUUUGCAACUGAUGACUAUUUUGGAGUUGCAGAAAAUUUAUUAAAGCCUUCAGCACCAGUGUUUAAGGAAGGCCUGUUUACAGAGUUUGGAAAAUGGAUGGAUGGAUGGGAGACCAGGAGAAAAAGGAUGGCAGGACAUGACUGGUGCAUCAUACAGCUAGGUGUUGCUGGCUGUAUCUAUGGGGUCGAUUUUGACACCUGUUACUUUACUGGGAACUACUGUCCUCAAGUCUCAAUUCAGGGUGCAAAUCUGGAUCAAGGUCUGCCUGACAGACUCAGUGAUAUGGGAACAGAGGCCACAGUACAGGAAAUAACAGACAUAGCUAAACUUCAAUCUGAGGAUUGGACAGAGAUUUUGACCAAAACACCGCUACGCCCAGGUUAUCUGACAUCAUGCCAUAAUUACUUUGAAAUUCACAACAGAUCACGAUGGACUCAUCUAAGAGUGAACAUGUUUCCAGAUGGUGGUAUAGCUAGAUUACGAAUAUAUGGGCGAGCAAAACGGGACUGGAGUUCUGUGCCACAUGAUCAGUUGACAGAUUUAGUUGCCAUGGAGAAUGGAGGGUUGUGUAUUGGUUACAGUGAUAGUCAUUUUGGUCAUGCUCGAAAUCUGAUUCAGCCAGGACGUGCAGAAACAAUGGCAGAUGGAUGGGAGACCAAGAGGCAUCCAGAGAGACCAGCAAUACUGACAGCAGAUGCACAGGGUAUCCUGCAUGUUCCAGGGGAAGACUGGUGUAUAUUCCGACUGGGACAUCCAGGCACUGUUACAAAGAUUGAGAUUGAUACAAACCAUUUCAAAGGAAAUUUUCCAGAUUCUUGUCGCAUUGAAGGUUGUUGGGUAGGAGUUGAUCAUGAGGAGGGACUAGUCAAGAAGUAUGACACCCACACAUGGAGACCAUUACUUCCUGUCAAAAAAUUAUAUGCCCACAAACAGUCGAUCUAUGAAUCAGAUGAAUUGUUUAGCUGUGGAAUUAUCUCCCAUGUACGUCUUUCUAUUGCACCAGAUGGAGGCAUCAGUAGAAUGCGACUGUGGGGUUACAUUACAGAUAUUCCUAACUCCAAGUUGUAGAAGCUUUGAUAAUUACUUGUUCCAUCACUUCAUCAGAUGAUGGACUAUUCAAUUUGCCCUACAUUCAUCGUCAAUCAUCCUUCCAUUCUUAAGUAACUCCUGUUAACACAAAAGUACUGCAUGGCUCUCCUUGAUCCCUAGUUGAUUUUGAGACUGAUCAUAAAAACAAAAUGGCCAACAGACAGCCAUCUGAGAAGGAUCUUUCCCAAAUUCUGUAUGUAGGUUUUGCUUGGUCCCUAAUUGUGUCCUUCUGAUUUUAGGACUCUCAGAAAAGCAAAAUGGCUGACAGGCAACCCUCUUUCAUUUGGCAGUUAGAGAUUGUUCUCUCUUUUUUGUAAGAGUAAUUUUGGAAUGUAAUAUAAUAAAAAGCACAAAAAGAGAAAAGAAGGAAAAGAUUCAACUUUUAAAUAACAAAUUAAGACCAAACAAUGGUGGCGCCAAGAUGGCUUAAGGAUCGUCAUACUAUAAGUUCACUUGUGGAGAGUUGGAAAAAUGGAAAUAAUUUGAUGAUUAUGAAUAUCUUAGAAUGAAAAGAUGAUGAUUGUGAAUGAUUUUGAAAUGGAAAACAGAUGAAGCAAAAUUGAACAACCCAAAGUAAUACUGUGUUUAAUAGGAUGAUGAGUCAGCAUUACUUGUUUAAGCUUUUAUUUUUAGUUUAAUACAUAAAUGCCAUAGCUUAACUUUGAAAGUUUUUGUAAAUUUUGUAAUG